GCGCCCGCCCGCCCGCGCUGCGCGACAUGGCGGCGCUGUGAGGCGGUCCCGGUGCCUGCCGUCUAUCGCUGCCCGGCGUCCCUCGCUGCCCGGCCUCAUCGCUCGCUCCCUCCCUCCGCCAUGAGGAACCUGCGGCUGCUGCGGGCCGGCGGGUGCCGCUCCGCCGCCGCCACGGGCACCCCGCGGUGCUUCUGCCUCGGCGCCGAGCCCGGCGCGGUUCUCGUGGGCUCCCAGUACGGGCUGGUGGAACUGCGCGCCGGCGGGGACUCGGUGUCAAGAGAAAUUUCCCUGACUGUGGAUGGGUUCUUGCCUGAGGAUGGAAGUGGCUGCAUCGUGGGUGUUGAAGAUCUUCCAGAGCAGGAGAGUGUGUGUGUUGCUACAGCAGCUGGAGACAUCCUACUGUGCAAUCUGAGCACAGAGCAGGUGGAAUGUGUUGGAAGUGUGGACAGCGGUCUUAGUGUGAUGAGCUGGAGUCCUGACCAAGAGCUCGUUUUGCUUGCAACAGGUCAGCAGACUCUCAUCAUGAUGACAAGGGAUUUUGAACCAAUUUCUGAGAAGCAAAUCCACCAAGAUGAGUUUGGAGAAGGAAAGUUUGUUGCUCUUGGAUGGGGUAAAAAGGAGACACAGUUCCAUGGAUCAGAAGGCAAACAGGCAGCACAUCGCAAGCAGACGGAAGUGCUGCCAGCAUCAGCCUGGGAUGAUGGCAGGCCUCGGGUGACGUGGAGAGGAGACGGGCAGUUUGUUGCAGUGAGUGCUGUCUGUCCAGAGACAGGUGCUCGGAAGGUCCGGGUGUGGAGCAGAGAGCUUGUGCUGCAGUCAACAAGUGAGCCUAUCUCAGGAUUAGAACAAGCACUGUCCUGGAAGCCCUCAGGAAACCUGAUAGCAUCUACACAAGAAAAACCCAACAGACAUGAUGUGGUUUUUUUGGAAAAGAAUGGACUUCUUCAUGGAGAGUUCACCCUCCCUUUCCAGAAAGGGCAGGUCAAAGUUAACGAAAUGCUUUGGAAUGCAGAUUCUACAAUCCUGGCUCUAUGGCUGGAAGACCUGAAGGUGGAAAACUCCAACCCAAACACUUAUGUUCAGCUGUGGACCACAGGGAACUAUCACUGGUACCUAAAGCAAAGUCUACACUUUGGUAGCUUGGAGGAAAAUCAGUUGGUGUCACUGCUAUGGGACCGAGAGAACCUGUAUAGACUACAUAUACUCUGCCAGGGCUGGCAUUACCUCUUCUACGACUGGCACUGGAGCACAGACCAUGGGCUGGGGGAGAAUAGUCAACAUAUGGCAAAUGUGGCUGUCAUAGAUGGAGAUAAAGUGCUUGUCACAGCCUUCCAGCAUGCUGUGGUGCCUCCACCCAUGUGUACCUAUGAGCUCCAGCUCCAACAGGCAGUUAAUCAGGUUGCCUUUCACACAGAUCCCAAACAUAGUGGGGACAUGGCUAUCCUGGAUGCUGAUAACAGGAUCUCUUUGUACAGAUAUGGACAGAGUACAGGGAAUGACCCUUCUGUCAAGUUUGGAGCUGUGGGAGGAGAUGGCUUUAAAACAACUGUAGAAACACCAUACCUGGAUAAAACCUACAGAGUUGAUGUGAGCAGCAGCAGCAAUGAAGUGAUGAAUCCUCUGGGGCUCCGAUUUCUCACCUGGCUGCCAGAUGACAGCUUCCUGGUUGUUGGUGAAGGUCAGCAUGCUGCUCAGUCUGUCCUUCACCAUCUGACUGCAGUGCCUCGUGUGACUGGAGCUGAAGAAGAGUGCCUGAAUUUACGGUUGUCAGUGCCUGUAGACGGAGAAGUGAUUAGCCUGUACUGCUGCCCAGUGACCAGAACUGUAGCUCUGCAGCUGACUGAUAGGCGGAUCCUAAAAUACCUGUGGGAGGCUUCUACUCCAGUCCUUAAGCCCUGGAGGAGUAGCAGUAGCUCUGCUGUUCAGUUCCCCUACCGUUGUGUGCAGACUUCCAUCACAAGGAUCAGUGGUGAAGAGGUGAUCUUGGGCCUCACAGAUCGAUGCCGGUUUUUUGUUAAUGAUAUUGAGGUUGCUUCUAACAUCACAUCAUUCGCAACAUACAACGAGUUUUUGUUGGUGACAACCAACUCGCACACCUGUCAGUGCUUCUGCUUGAAGAACUUGUCAGUGAAGGCCCUCCAGGCCGGCCUGAGCAGCGCUGCUGCACCCAGCAGUGAGACCGUGCGCAAGGUGGAGCGAGGCUCACGUAUCGUCACCGUCGUUCCCCAGGACACAAAGGUGGUGCUGCAGAUGCCAAGAGGAAAUCUGGAGACUAUUCACCACCGUGCUCUGGUUCUUGCCCAGAUUCGGAAGUGGCUAGACAGGCUUAUGUUCAGGGAAGCUUUUCAGUGUAUGAGGAGGCUACGAAUCAACCUCAAUCUUCUCUAUGACCACAAUCCCAAGGCAUUUCUGGAAAACACAGAAACCUUUAUCAGGCAAAUAGAUUCUGUGAACUAUAUCAACUUGUUUUUCACAGAACUGAAAGAUGAAGAUUUCACUAAGAGUAUGUACCCAUCUCUGAACGGCAGCAGUAACAGCCAGCCACGCCAGCAUCCUGAUCAGAAAAAAGUAAACCUCAUCUGUGACGUGAUGAGAGUUGCCAUGGAGCACAUUGACCCUCAAAAAUACUGCCUGUCAAUACUGACAGCACAUGUGAAGAAAAGUCCUCCAGAACUGGAAAUUGCUCUCCAGAAGGUUCACGAUCUUCGAGAAAGCAUUACGCCAGAUGUUCAAGCUGUGAGUGCAGAAGAAGCACUAAAGUACCUGCUUUUCCUUGUCGAUGUCAAUGAAUUAUAUGAUUAUUCCUUGGGGACGUAUGAUUUUGAUUUAGUCGUCAUGGUGGCAGAAAAGUCUCAAAAGGACCCAAAAGAAUACUUGCCCUUCUUAAAUGCCCUCCGGAAGAUGGAAACCAAUUAUCAGCGAUAUACAAUAGACAGACACUUGAAGAGAUACACAAAAGCUCUUGGCCAUCUCAGCAAAUGUGGUCCUGAACAUUUCUCUGAAUUUCUGAACUUGGUGAAGGAUCAGAAUCUGUAUUCUGAGGCCUUGAAGCUGUACCCCUCUAGCACUCAGGAGUACAAGGAUAUCAGUGAUGCAUAUGGGGAGUACUUGAUUCAGAAGCAGCUGUAUGAACAGGCUGCAUUGAUAUUUGCUCGUGCUGGCGUCUUUGCAAAAGCACUUGAUGCUUUUCAGAGCAGUGGCAGCUGGCAACAAGCCCUGUGCAUGGCAUCACAGCUUGGUUACACAAAGGAUAAGCUGUCCAGCCUGGCACGGAGCAUGGCAGGAAAACUAGUUGAACAGAGAAAGUAUGCAGAGGCAGCCAUACUCCUGGAGCAGUACACUCAGGACUAUGAAGAGGCUGUUCUUCUGCUCUUAGAAGGGACUCUUUGGGAAGAGGCUUUGAGACUGAUUCACAAGUAUGGUAGGCUGGAUAUAUUGGAAACCAACUUGAAACCUGCUAUUUUGGAAGCUCAAAAAAGUCAGCUGAUCUUCCUAGAUUCCCAGAAAACAGCAUUUCUUCACCAUAAGAGUCGCCUGCAAGUGGUGCGAGAGCUGAAGGAGAAGGCCUGUGAGAACCUGCAGGAUUAUGAAGUGCCAAAUUGCCCGGAAUUGGAGCUUUUUUCUGAAACCAGCAGUGUUGUGACAGCCAGUGACAUGAACAGCAAAUAUACACACAGCAAUUCAAGAAUAUCAGCGCGAUCCUCAAAGAACCGACGCAAGGCAGAGCGUAAGAGAUACAGCCUGAAGGAGGGGAGUCCUUUUGAAGAUAUUGCCCUUCUGGAAGUCCUCGGAGAGAGUGUUCGUGCUGUUGAGACUGUGAAAGGAGAGAUACACAUCCUUCUGAAGCAGCUUGUGCUCUUUGGUUAUGAUGAGCAAGCUGGGGCACUGCAGCAAGUCCUGGAAGAGGUUUUGCAGUUGAUGGAGACCUCGGUCCCAGAAAUCUGGACUCCAGACCUGCAACAGAGCUCUGUCAGCCUGGUCCUGGGACCCAAUUCAACUGCAAACAGCAUUAUGGCUGCUUAUCAGCAAAAGAGGAUGAUGCCUCCUGUUGUACAAGAUCCUGAAGUACUGACUCCACCAAAAUUCAAUAAAAAUGUGCAGUGGAAGCUGCAUCUUCUCCAGUAACUGGAAACCAAGGAAUCUCUGUGGACUCUGAACUCUUAACUUUUCAAAUAAUUUCAUUAUAUCUUUGCAAAAGGCAUUGCUGUUCUGGUAUUUCUGAUACACUGUUCCUAGGGCUGUGGAAGUGAAGGGUCCCUCCACCUGGUGCAGCUGUGACUGCCACCCAUAUGGUGUCACACUUGUGGGCACAGCUCUCUAUGGUGUCACACUUGUGGGCACAGCUCUCAUGUGCACUGCAGAGGUGGCUUGUGAGGCUGGGGAGCAAAAGGAUAUGCAGCUCUGACAGCUCCUACCACUGUUCCCCCUUCUGGAUGAAGCAAUCCCACCAGUGUUGAAUGGGUUAUCUUCACUGCCAUCCCUACCUCCCAGAGUUGAUAUCUGCUAUGAUCACAGGCCACAUUUUAAGCACUUCAGCCUGCUUUAGAGAACUCGCCUGCAAGACUGUACCAAUAGCAAAUUCCUGCAGUUGCCAAACAAAUUUUAUGUCUUUUCUGCUGAAGCUGGGUGUUGCUGAUACCAGAUUUUCAUUAUUGCUUUGUUAUAUCAGUGUGAAUCCUGCAGUGCCAACAGCCAUUGUAUUGAAACUGGGCCUGAUCACACCAGGGUGGUCUUGGGCAGAGGAAAACAUGAAUAAAAACAGGACAGUGAUGUUGGUGUUUCACUCUGCUGGGUAAUACUACCCUAAUUAUCUGACAUCAAAGAAGAUAAAGUAAUGGUGCCUUAUGGCACUGACCGAUCAGCAGCUGUAUCCUGGUAACAGUGCAAUAGUGCGCAGCAUUAUUGCAGAACUGUGUCAUCUGGAAACUGAUCUUGUACUGAGAAUUAGGUUUUACCUCAGAAUACUGUCAUCUGAUGCAAGAAGUAACAGCAGUAGUUCUGGGAGCAGAGGAAGGAGAUGAAACUGGAAACCCUCUCAGUGGCGGCAUCCCCUUCUUGGUUAAUUUUGGCCUGGCAUUUGUCGUGUUCAGGCCAUUUCCAUUGGGUUCUGCAGAAAAACACCUUACAAACAAGGUGCUUACUGUCUGUUGGAGUCGUUUAAUGGCACAGCUGUGUUCUGGUUGCACAGCGUGAGCAUGUGCAGUGCUGCAGGUAACUUCUCGUGUGGCAAGAACUCCAUCAGAUUGGAGUGGCCAUUUAGUCUUGCACUGUCUGUAUUGUGCUGGCUUGGGCCCGCUGGAUGGAGGAGAGUGGUAAAAGUCUUUUUUCAGUGUGAAGCAUUGGAGCACAUCUCCAGUUUUUUUGAGUUGCCUGGCCUGUUCUGGGUUGUGUGGGGGUGACUUAAGCCUGUUGUCGAAUACUGUGACUACACUGAAAAGAGAUUCUCCAAGAGUAAUGCCUUUUGAGAUGGCAAAACACAUGAAAGUCUUUACAGGGCAAGACUGUUUCACAGGACCUGGUCUUCAAAAUGGUAGCAGAGCAUAGUCCCUGGUGAAUACAGAAGCCAUCUACCAGAUCUGAAGAGUCUGUGCUUCUCUGCAAAGCACUCUGGCCCUGCAACUGAAAUGUGACACUGACACUAGUAAUUCCUGACAUUCCUGAAUCUGAUGCCAAGAAAUGCUGAGGUCUUGCACAACUGAACCUAUUGUUUAGAAAGAGAACACAAGAAAAGAUAAAAUUGCUCCUGGCUUACUGAGGAUUUGUGCUUGUGCCUAAGAAUGAGUAUGAUUUCUUUGGUUUUUUCAUCAUGGUGAUGGUGAAAGUCAAGGACCCUUUUGUGUUAGGCAUGCUUUCUUGUUCUCUCACCAAGGCAAAAAUCUGCCAUCCAAGUGAAGACCAGUCUUAUACAUCAUUCUUCAAAUUCUUACUGUCUUCCCCUACACCUUUCCCUCCUGAGUCCUGAGUGAACUUGGAAUAAGGAGCAGUAGAGCUGGGAGCAGCACCUGGUGUGGGUGAGCCUCAAGGGGGAAUAUCCUUCUUACUACUUCUGCAGUUGCUGGCUCAGCAACAGCUAGGAGUCAGCUUUCCCUUGAUUUCUGCUGCCAUGUUCUUUUGCUUUCUUAGUGAUGCCUGUAAUCUUGAAAUAUACUCAGUUUUAGUUAGUGUCUUUACAGACACAUUGAAUUUACUCUUAGGAAAUCUCUGGGGGCUCCUACAAACACAGUUACCAGGAAUUGAAGUAAACCAUUAAUGCAGAAAUAUGGAGUUCACUUUAAAAAUGUCUCAACCUCUGAGCAAAUACGGCUGUAUGGAAGCCUGUUUCUCUUGUUAGAUAUUUUCCACCUGUCUGCUGAUUAGUUUCAUUAAACACAGAAGGAACAUAAAUCCAUCAAGUUCAGUAGGAAGUUUCAUGAACAGAUGCACAGUGUGGUUCAUUGGAGCAAUAGAUGAUAGUUCUUCCAGUGAUAAACACACCUGCUAAAUACAAGUAUAGAGUGAAUACAAGUGUUCCCAGGUAUACUCUAAUGAAGUCAGAAUCACAGAUCUUUCCAAAGAGGCAACUCUGCUGUGGGGGAGAGAUGAGUAAGACCUUUGACUUUUCUUCAAGGUGGUUAUGUUCUCAUCCUCUGCCUUGGAGGCUUUCAAAGAAUAAAUUUAUUCUUUUUGAGAGAAGCAGAGAUGAGACUAUAGUCUCAUAUUCUAUCAUCUGCAAUUGUAAACUGAGAAGAGGGGGAGAGAACUUUCUUUGUAAAUGAGUAUUAAGAGUUACAAAGAGAGAACAAAGCCAGUGGCAUUUUCAUAAGGGUGGAAUAGAACUCUUGUACCAUCCGCUUUUCCAGUGGGAUGGCUGCAGGGGCCGGGGUCAUCUGCCCCUCCACCUGAUAACCCGUCACCCCAUCAGCCUACCAUCAGCCCAUGUUAAUCCCUUCAUAUAUCUCAUGGCACAUCUCAUGGAAAGUCCUUUAACACAUCUUUCUUGGCUUUAGGCCUCAUUCCUGUAACAAUAUCACAGAAGAUAAUACAGUUCCAUAAGAGAUCUAAUUACAGCCAGGUGUGGAUGGGAGAUGCUUUAUCAUCACUGGCUGAUGAGUGUUAAGGUUAUGCUGCUAUUCUGCAGCUCUCUUCCAACAGAGAUGUUAUCUUGGUUGUUCACAGUCUCCUGUAUGGACUUAGCAGCUGUAGAGGAAAGAUUGGAGGAAGGCUGUGAGUACCUGCAAAGCCACACACAAAGUCACUUGUGACACUUUGUGGCCUUGAGGCUACCCCUAUAGGUGGCUGCCCCUUCUUGGCUUCAGAGAGCUUGUGCCCACUGCUGCCAUUCCUGCGGACCUUUUCCAUACAGUGGUGACCUCACACAGUGCUGGACAUGCAGCCAUCUCUCACCCUGAGAUCAGCCCAGUGGCAGUGGUUCUCCUGGUGAUGCUGCUGAUUUACAACAUCAUAGACAGGCUUGUCCCCCUGAAUCGUGCUCCCCAUUUGAGUGUGUGGCAACUGUGACUCAGCUGCACGCUGUUCCCAGACAGAUGGAUUGCAGGGGGUCAUGCUUCACUCUGACCUGCUCUGAGAAGUUCUAAAACCAUGACUCCCACCCAGAUGUGAUGGGCCAUGGGCCAAAAGCAGCACAUUUCACUGUGGAGAAGCAUGGCUUCCCUUUCUGGCCUGGGUCUGCUAUGAGGAAGACCACAGCUCUCCAGCAUUCGCAACUGGCCUUGGUCCAAAUUACUUCCCUUUGCAAAGCAUUAGCACUUUACCUCUGGAGCAGCUGAAGCCCUAGUUUGUGACAAGAAUGGAUUCAUAGACAGGCUGUGCUUUUGUCCUUGUUCCUUACUGUCUUAAGCUUUAUUCUGUAAUUUAAGGCAUAUUAUUACUGAUGUCAGCAAUAGCUGAACUGUGGCUGGUGUUUUAAAUUAGGCCAUGGCCACCUGUUAAGCUUACUGUACCCCAUUCUGGUGAAAUAUGAAUGGUUUAAGAAAAGAUUUUGCACAGUGAGUCAUAGGAGAACAAUAAAUACUUUAAAGACCCAGAAAAGUGGGAAAUGGCAGGUCUUGCAGAAUAGUUUUGAAACAAGAGAACACAAACAGAAAUUUGCAAGGUUCCAUGUUUUACUGAAAUUAACUAAAUCAGCUAAAAAGCAUCCUUUAGAUGAACUUAGCUCAUUAUAAUGUGAAAGCCAUAUCUCUAAAGCUUAGACUACCCACCUCCAACUGAAGAAUCCUACCUACUGAACAUACAUAAUAAAUUCAAAACGCAUUGUACCCUUAUAUUGAAGCAGGCAAAAGAUUGUCCAAUAGCUAUUGAGUUUGCAGGUAUUUAGACAUCAGGUAAGUGCAGACUUAGAUAUUUUGAAAAUAUCUUAGCUACACUGCUUGGCUAGAACUGGGUGUGCUAGCUCUGUGGAUUCACCAGCCAGCACCCAUCUCUGCACAAGCAUGAAAUAAAUGUGAUCCUCUGUGUGGUUUGGCUUCUUACA